UUGACGGGCAAGGCAGGGCGCGGGGAGAGGCGAGCGGGACUGAAAUUCAACCGCAGCCAGCGCAAAGCGCAAAGCACUCGCAGACACGCGCCGAGGCAGCAAACAGCAAACAGCCACAGCAGCGGCGGCGGCGGCGGCAGGAACGAGAGAGGAGAGAGGGGAAGAGGAGAGGAGAGCCGGGCGGGCGGGCGGGCGAGCGAGCGAUGUGGCGGCGCCAGCAUCAGCAGCAUCAAGACCAGCCCCAGGACCGGCGGAGGAAGCGGAGGCUGCCGGUCUCCUGGGCGGAAUCUCCCCAGCCGCUUUGGACGGGGCUACCUUGCUAAAUCGCCAUCGUUUCUCUCUCCCCCGCCGCUUUUCCCCGCCGCCCUUCCGCCCAAGCGAUCCGUGGUGAAGCCGGAGGAGCCUCGGAACCUGAGGGCGCUUCCUCGCUCCAUCUAUCCAACCUUACCUCUAGAAAUGUGAUCCUCGCGUAUUUUUUCCCCUGCCUUUCUCUCUCUCUCUCUCUCUACACGGGCUUUUUGGAAGUACAAAUCCAGAGGGACUUGGACCUUAUAUAUAUAUAUAUAUAUCUAUACUAUUAUUGUUGCUGUUAUUAUUAUUCUUUUUUUUGCUUUUGGGGGAAACCGGUUUUCCCUCUGCGGAGGAGCCUCGGCACCGGCGGAGGAGGCGAAGCGCGCCGGCGAGCGAGCGAGAGAAGCAGGGCGAGAGGAACGGGGAGGCAAGCGGCGAUGCUGCGGCUGACCGCAGCAGCCAAGCGGGCGCGAUUAGAUCUCCAAAGGCAGCAAGCGGCGCGUUGAAAAAAACACACACACACACUCAACACCCGAGACGCUGCGGAGCCGGGGAAACGUCCCUUUUGCCAUCCCUGACAUCUUAAAGCGGCAAGAUUUGGCCCAACGGUUCUGCGCCUUCCAUCCAACCUUCUCCGGAUCUUGCUUUUCUUACGAUCCCGUUUUUCCAAGUCGUUUGGGAUCCAGGAGCCGCUGGUUUUUCUUUCUUUCUUCUUCUUUUUUGUUAAAUACCUCGAAUUCCCUGGCAGGAAAAAAAAAAACUCCGUCUUUUGCUUCCCUCUCUCUUUUUUCUUCUUCUUUGAAGCUUCUCGGGAGGAUCUUUGGCAUCGUUGCAAAGGGUUUGAUUUAAUUUUAUUUUUAAUUUUUGGAAGGAACAGCUCCUGCCUUGGGGGAAGAAAAAAAAAAGCCGGGGCUGAUCUUUCGCUCCUUUCGGUCGCCCCCCCAGAAGGGAAGGGGCUUUAAGCCUUGGCACGUCCCUCCGCCUCGCUGAAGUUGGGACGGAGCAAGGGGAAACUGCAGCACGGAGGAGGAGGGAGAGGAGGAGGAGAGGAGGAGGAGGAGGAGGAGGAGGAGGAGGAGGAGGAGACGAGGACCGGAAAAAAGAAAAGACCCCUUUCCCUGGCCGUUGGUGGCAGCCUCGACCGCCCUUUGCCGGGUUCGUCCAUGGUGGUGCCGGCGCCGAGUCGAUCGUGCCGAGCAACAGGUUCGGGAACUUGAAGGGGCAGAGCGAGAGGAGGAGGAGGAGGAGGAGGAGGAGGCGGAGGGGCGCGACGAUCGGCUGGAAAGCAGAGGCGCCAACGCGGCAGCAGCAGCGGCGGCGACGGCGGCGGCGGGGUUGGCCGAGAGGCGGCCUCGUCCUCGCCGUCCGCUGGGAUGUCCCUCUCCGCUUGGUGCUUCAUCCUUUGCUGGGCUCCCGCCCUGGCCUUAAGGAACCUCAACUAUUCGGUGCCGGAGGAGCAAGGCGCCGGCACGGUGAUCGGCAACAUCGGCCGCGAUGCCCGGCUGCAGUCCGGGUCGUCGAGCGGCGGGUCGCCCUCGCUGGAGCGGCCCCGCGGUGCCAAGGCGACUUUCCGCGUGCUGGAGAACUCGGCUCCCCACCUGCUGGAUGUGGACGGCGAGAGCGGCUUGCUGUACACCAAGCAGCGCCUGGACCGCGAGGCUCUCUGCCGCCGGAACGCCAAGUGCCAGCUCUCCCUCGAGGUCUUCGCCAACGACCAGGAGAUCUGCAUGAUCAAAGUGGAGAUCCAGGACCUCAACGACAACGCGCCCGCUUUCCCCUCCGACCAAGUGGACUUGGACAUCUCCGAGAACGCAGCGCCGGGCACCCGCUUCCCGCUGGCCAGCGCCCACGACCCCGACGCGGGCGAGAACGGCCUGCGGACUUACCUGCUCACCCGCGACGACUACGGCCUCUUCGCCCUUGAUGUCAAAGCGCGGGGCGACGGCACCAAAUUCCCCGAGCUGGUGGUCCAGAAGCCGCUGGAUCGCGAGGAGCAGAGCCACCACACCUUGGUGCUGACCGCCCUGGACGGGGGGGAGCCGCCUCGCUCCGGCACCGUCCAGCUAAACGUCCGCUUGAUCGACUCCAACGACAACAGCCCGGUCUUCGAGGCGGCUUCCUACGUGGUGGAGCUGCCGGAGAACGUCCCGCUGGGCACCGUCCUCCUCGACCUCAACGCCACCGACGCCGACGAAGGCACCAACGGCCAGGUGCUCUACUCCUUCAGCGGUUACACGCCCGACCGGGUGCGGGAGCUGUUCAGCAUCGAUCCCCAGACGGGCUUGAUCCGGGUCAAAGGCAACCUGGACUACGAGGAGGGCAACUUGGUGGAGAUCGACGUCCAGGCCCGGGAUUUGGGUCCUAAUCCUAUCCCUGCCCAUUGCAAAGUGACUGUGCAUUUGUUGGAUCGUAAUGACAAUGCGCCCACCAUUGGCUUCGUCUCCGUGCGCCAGGGGGCCCUGAGCGAGGCGGCCCCGCCGGGCACCGUCAUUGCCCUGGUCAGGGUGACCGACCGGGACUCCGGGAAGAAUGGGCAGCUGCAGUGCCGGGUGCAAGGCAGCGAUGGCAGUGGAGGAGAUGGGGCCGUGCCCUUUACCUUAGAGGAGAACUAUGACAACCUGUACACAGUGGUGACCGACAGGCCCUUGGACAGGGAGGUGCAGGACGAGUACAAUGUCACCAUCUUGGCUCGGGACGGGGGCAACCCGCCUCUGAACUCCACCAAGUCCUUCUCAGUCAGGAUCCUAGACGAGAAUGACAACCCGCCACGUUUCAGCAAGAGCCUUUAUGUGCUGCAAGUGCCUGAGAACAACAUCCCGGGAGAGUAUCUGGGGUCCGUGUUGGCCAAGGAUCCCGACCUGGGCCAAAAUGGCACCGUCUCCUACUCCAUUCUGCCGGGACACGUGGGGGAUGUCUCUAUUUACACCUACGUCUCGGUCAACCCAACCAACGGGGCCAUCUACGCUUUGCGCAGCUUCAAUUACGAGCAGACCAAACAUUUUGAGUUCCACGUGUUGGCCAAAGACUCGGGCUCCCCCCACCGGGAGAGCAACGCCACCGUCCGGGUCACCGUCUUGGAUGUCAACGACAACGCCCCCAUGAUUGUCUUGCCGGCCCUGAUCAAUGACACGGCUGAACUCCAGGUCCCCCGCAAUGCCGGCGUGGGCUACCCCGUGGGCACCGUCCGGGCCAUGGAUAACGAUUUCGGGGAAAGUGGACGCUUGACCUAUGAGAUUGUGGAAGGCAACGAGGAGCAUCUCUUUGAGAUGGACCCCACCAGUGGGGAGAUCCGCACCCUUCACCCUUACUGGGAAGAGCUGAGUCCUGUGGCAGAACUCGUGGUGAAGGUCAGUGACCACGGGAAGCCCAGCCUUUCUGCAGUGGCCAAGCUGAUUGUCCGGGCCUUGGCUGGGCCUUUGCCUGAAGCAGGAGAGCCCCAGGUCAACGGGGAGCAGCACCGCCGGCCUCACUGGGACCUCUCGCUGCCCUUAAUCGUGACCCUGAGCACCGUUUCCAUCAUCCUCCUGGCUGCCAUGAUCACCAUCGCCGUGAAGUGUAAGCGCGAGAACAAGGACAUCCGUACCUACAACUGCCGUAUUGCUGAGUACAGCCACCCUCAGUUGGGUGGAGGGGGCGGGGGCGGGGGCGGGGGUGGGGGCAGCGGAGGGGGCAAGGGCAAGAAGAAGAAGAUUAGCAAGAACGACAUCAUGCUGGUGCCCAGCGAAGGGGAGGACAGCCGUGGGCCCCUCAACGUCAUGAACGUGGUCAGUAGCCCAUCCUUGGCCACCUCGCCCAUCUAUUUUGACUACCAGACUCGCCUGCCCCUUAGUUCGCCCAGGUCGGAGGUGAUGUUCCUGAAACCGGCUUCCAACAACCUGAGCGUGCCCCAGGGCCACGUGGGAUGCCACACCAGCUUCACAGGGCAAGGGACUAACGUCACGGAGGUUCCACCAAGUCGGAUGUCCAUAAUUCAGACAGACAAUUUUCCUGCAGAGUCCAAUUACAUGGGUAGCAGGCAACAGUUUGUUCAAAGUAGCUCCACGUUCAAGGAUCCCGAACGAGCCAGUUUGAGAGACAGUGGGCACGGGGAUAGUGACCAAGCAGACAGCGACCAAGAUACCAACAAAGGCUCGUGUUGUGACAUGUCGGUGAGGGAGGCACUUAAAAUGAAAACAACUUCAACCAAAAGCCAGCCGCUUGAACAAGAACAGCAAGGGAGAGGCCAAAGACCCAUUGUUGGGAUCUGUGGACCGGCCCGCUGUAAGGAAGGAAAAUUUUCAGAACAAGAGGAGUGCAUUAACUGCACCGAUGAAUGCCGAGUGCUUGGUCAUUCCGACCGGUGUUGGAUGCCCCAGUUCCCUGCCUCCAACCAAGCAGACAACGCCGACUACCGAACAAAUCUCUUUGUGCCCACGGUGGAAGCCAAUGUCGAGACUGAGACUUACGAAACUGUGAACCCCACGGGGAAAAAAACCUUUUGUACAUUUGGAAAGGACAAGCGAGAGCACACCAUUCUCAUUGCCAAUGUGAAACCUUAUCUCAAAGCCAAACGUGCCCUAAGCCCCCUCCUCCAGGAGGUCCCCUCAGCAUCCAGCAGCCCAACCAAGACCUGCAUUGAGCCUUGCGCCUCAACGAAAGGACCUCUGGAUGGCUGCGAAGUCAAGGCAGGGGCCUUGGCCGAGCCCAACGGUCAGUACCUGUCGCCCAGUAAACAAUCCAGAGACGCUGCCUUCAUGGCGUCCGAUCAGAUGGCCAGGGUCUUCGCCGAGGUGCAUUCCCGAGUCAGCCGAGACUCCGCCGAUAUGGACUCUGUCUUGGAGCAGAUAGACCGUUCAAACAGGGAACUAGGGAGAGAGUCCGUGGACGCAGAGGAAGUCGUGCGGGAGAUCGACAAGCUUUUACAGGACUGUCGGGCGAACGACCCCGUGGCUGUGAGAAAGUGAAGGAAAACAGAAACAAAACAAAACAAACCCACAAACACACACAAACAAACAAAACAUAAAAAAGACAGUCUGGCAUUAAUUUGCUUCUUCUGCUGAAUUAUAUAUUAAAAAAAAGAAAAAGAAAAAGAAAAAAAAAUUCUCCCCUGGUUCUAAACUUUAUACAGGGAUGAACAAAGACCAAUGCUGCUUUAAGGCUUUUAGUGAACAUCUGAAGUGCCCUCCAAUAUGUUUGUUUCACUGCUCUUUCUUUUCUCUCUCUCUUUUUUCAGAUAACACUGGUUUCAUUUUUACCCAACUUCCAUUAGAACAAUAUGAUGUAUGUUUUUUUUUAUUAAAAAAAAAGAAAACAAAAAAGAAAAAUAGGAAGGAAGGAAAGGAAAGGAAA